CACAAACGGAAGCUCGUGUCUUGGUCUCUAGCGUCGCUCUCUCUCCUCCCUUUUAAAGACGCGACCGCCACCCUCUCCCCUGCUUCUCCUCUUCCUCCUCCUCACGCCGUCGACUCGGCGUCGCCCUCUUGCAGCCCAUCCCAUCUCGCGCCCGCACCAACUCGCCAGUGUGUAUCCCGGCCAUGAGCUUCCCCUCCCUGAUCUGCGCGCGCGCCACCGUCUCUUACGUCAAUUCUGUUCCCGCUAUCGUAUCUUGUUGGCGACCACACGACUAAAAUACUUUCCAACCCCAAUUCGCGGCUUCGCGGCUCGGCGGUACGCUGUUGCUUUGCAUUCCCUGCAGGUGCUGCGACUUGUUGAUUUGGCGGCUUGCGUACCUUGCCUCUGACAGGUGUUGAUUGCGGCGGUUUCUGCUGUCGCGGAUAGGCAGCGGCUCGGCUGUUCCUCUUGAUUCGGGCGCUGACGCGCCAUGGAAGCCAAGCAGAGGGUGCGGCACGGCGAGGAGAGGAGGCCGCCGGUGACGAACGGCGCCGCCGAGGAUUACGACCCAUGGACGGCGUGGCUCUACAAGCCGCACACCAUCUCUGUGCUCCUCGUCGGCGCCUGCCUUCUCAUCUGGGCAAGUGGAGCACUCGAUCCAGAAGGCGCUGCUUGUCACAGCAGCGUGACAUCUAUAAAGAGGGGUGUCUGGGCUAUGAUUGCAGUCUUCCUUGCCUACUGCACGCUUCAAGCACCUUCAACGAUACUUAUCAGGCCUCAUCCUGCUGUCUGGCGCCUGGUGCAUGGGCUGGCUGUCGUUUACCUGGUUGCUCUUACCUUUCUUCUUUUCCAGAAUCGUGACGAUGCUCGGCAGUUCAUGAAACACCUUCACCCUGAUCUUGGAGUUGAAUUGCCAGAAAAAUCGUAUGGAUCUGAUUGCCGUCUGUAUGUUCCAGAAAACCCUAAAAACAAGUUCAUAAAUAUUUAUGAUACUUUGUUUGAUGAAUUCGUUAUUGCCCAUAUCCUGGGGUGGUGGGGCAAAGCUGUAAUGAUACGAAAUCAACUUCUUCUUUGGGUUUUGUCAAUUGGCUUUGAGCUAAUGGAGCUUACUUUCAGACAUAUGCUGCCAAACUUUAAUGAGUGUUGGUGGGAUAGCAUUAUCUUGGAUAUCUUGAUCUGCAAUUGGUUUGGUAUUUGGGCGGGAAUGCACACAGUCCGUUAUUUUGAUGGCAAAACAUACGAAUGGGUUGGACUGAGCCGCCAGACAAGCAUCAUGGGUAAGGUGAAACGAUCACUGAGCCAGUUCACCCCUGCUCAAUGGGACAAGGAUCAGUGGCAUCCUUUCAUGGGUCCAUUGCGGUUCGUCCAAGUGCUGUUCCUCUGCCUCGUCUUCAUGGCCGUGGAGCUUAACACAUUUUUCCUCAAAUUUUGCCUAUGGAUUCCUCCGAGGAAUCCCUUGGUCGUGUACAGAUUAAUCCUCUGGUGGUUGAUCGCUAUUCCAACCAUUCGCGAGUACAACUCCUACUUGCAAGACAGCAAACCGGUGAAGAAGGUCGGUGCCUUUUGUUGGCUCUCUCUGGCUAUAUGCAUAGUGGAGCUGCUUAUCUGCAUGAAGUUUGGGCACGGGCUGUUUCAUGAUCCAAUGCCUACCUGGUUGAUCAUCUUUUGGAGCUCGGUCAGUAUAGCACUCGUGAUUUUCUUGCUUGCGUGGUCAUGGAGGAAUCACCAAAAAUUCCGAAGAAAGCAGCUAUAAUAGAUUUGACUGCAAGAAUUUCUACUCGAAUCAUCCCGGAAUAUCUUCUUUCGUUUUACGAUACUUAGGCUGUACAUAUGUGAUGUAACUUAAAACUGUUGCAAGUCAACAGAACAGUAAAGAAUGCUAGAGGGAAUUGCGAGUGAAAGAGUGCUCUUUCAUUC